GGUACAACAAAAUUGUCCAGUCCAGUCCCCUAUCUUUUAGCAAAUCAAACACACUCAUAGGAAGAAUACUCAACAAUGAUCUUGUGAAGAGUACGAGAGAAGAUUUAUUAAAUGAUUAAGCUCUACUAUAUAUAUCAUCAUCAUCUUAAUCAAGUGAAGCAAAACAAAGAGAAACAGAGAAAGAAAACCAAUCACAGAGAAGAAAGGCACAUAACAUGAUGGAUACGAGGAACACACAACCUUAUUUGCCUCAUGAAUUGAUCAUCCUAAUCCUGCUCAGGUUACCGGUGAAGUCUCUUUUGCGUUUCAAAAGCGUUUGUAAGUUAUGGUUUUCUCUUAUCUCUGAUACUCAUUUUGCAAAUUCACACUUUCAACUUUCCUUAGAAACGCACACUCGUAGAAUUCUGCUCAUGCCAACUUCACCUCCUCGUGAAUCUCGAUCUAUAGAUUUUGAAGCAGCAUCAUCACUUGACGAUGAUAGUGCUUCUGCUUCGCUGAACCCUAAUAAUUUUAUGCCUUUUGAAUCUUAUUAUCGUAUUGAAAUUAUAGGUUCAUGUAGAGGCUUUAUACUUUUUCACUGUUACAGUGAACGGGGUCAGGACUGGAUUUAUGAUAUCUACAUAUGGAAUCCAUCUACUGGAUUUCACAAAAAAUUACCUUUGUCUCCUUUUACUUCCAAUUUAGGUAAAGAUGACAAAUUUUUCUAUGGUUUUGGGUAUGACCAGUCAUCAGAUGAUUACUUGCUUGUUACAAUGUCAUAUAACGAAGUUAACUAUGAUCCGCUGAUGCCACAACACUUGGAGUUUUUCUCAUUGAGAGCUAACAAAUGGAAAGAAAUCGAUGGUACCCAAUUCAUUUAUAGUUAUAUCAAGGACAAUGAACAGCCCGCACCAGGAUUUCUCUUUAAUGGGGCUAUUCAUUGGUUUGUUUAUUGUCAAGAUUUACAAAAGUAUGUUAUUGUUGCCUUCAAUUUAAUGGAAAAGAAACUUUUUAAUAUGCAUUUGCCAGAUGGUUUUGGCCGUCAUGAACCUGAGGAUUUUGGUUUGUGGGUAUUUGGAAAAUUUCUCAGUAUCUGGGUGCAGUAUUUUGAUGAUGGUGAGUACGAUGAAAAUUAUAAUCGAAUAGUUGAGAUAUGGGUGAUGAAAGAAUACAAAGUGGAUUCGUCUUGGACAAAGACUCUUGUUAUUCCUUUUGAUCACUAUUCCCCAAUAUGUUCUACAAAAACUGGUGAUAUUAUUAGUGCAAAUGGUCUUACUGAAUUGGCGAAGUAUAAUGACCAAGGACAGUUGCUAGAGCAUCACUCAUAUUUUGAUGAUCGACAUGGAUGCGAAGUGGCUUUGUAUUUAGAAUCUUUGCUUUCACUCCCUGACAACGAACAAGCUUAAGAAGAGGACUCAAACAAGAAGUAUGACGUUGUGAAAUAUUAGCCUUCGCGUUUUUCUUGAUAUUUAUAAGUAUAUUGUAUUGUGUGUUUUACUGCUUUUGUAACAUGAGCUGUGUAAGCUGAUCCAAUGUGUCAUAAAGCAUAUAUUGUUUAACUAUUUGUAUUAUGCUUAUUGGAAAUAUUGACAACUUUAAUUGUUUGUGCCAUUCA